GGUGCGGUAAGUGCGGACCUCGACACACCACCUGUCCAUUGAUCGGCAGUGAUUGACGCGCUCACACACGGGCCGCAAGUGGUCGCGCAAGCACUCAAGCGCCGCAGGACGCUACCCAAGGUUUGAGAUACCGUAGUAUUACAGGCGGUUUUGUGGGACCUCCUCCCGAGGUGAAGAGACUACCUGAAGUGGAAGAUACCGCAAUCUUACAGGUGCUGUGAGCCUUUUCCUGAGGCUGGGAGAUACCAGAGGCACUGCAAGAUUACCCGAAGUGGAAGAUACCGUAAUCUUACAGGUGCCUGGGUCUUUUUCCUGAGGCCGUGGGAUACCAGAGACUCUCCAGAACUCUUCCUGAGGCUGGAGGAUACUGGAGAGUUGCACCUUCAGGAGUUUCUUCAGGUUCUGAGUGCGAGAGUUGCCUGGCACUCUGGGCAGUGGGCACUGGUGGUGCAUGAUGACUGUGGAGGUGUGCGGGCGGGUGUCGGUGCCUAGCGUGACGCCCACGGGCGGCGACUCCACCGAUGACGCCCACAGUGAGGUCUCUCCGCCCCCCGCCCGCGACACCACCGACCCUCCCGUCCACCGCCCGAAGUUCAUGAUCACGGAUAUCCUGGCUCAAAGGGGGCCGCCUACGCCCACGGAGGAGCGAGGAGAGGGCUGCGCGCCACCCACGACGCCCGCCAGAGACGCCCUCAAGGCUCUGGGUGGUCACGACGAUGACCAGCUGGGAGACCAGCUGGGAGACCAGCUGGGAGAUGAUGGUGCUACCCAUGAUGAAGACAGUAACGACACGGCUCCAGCGAACAAGAAGCAACGGAAAGCGCGUACAGCGUUCACGGACCACCAGCUGCAGACGCUGGAGAAGAGCUUUGAGCGUCAGAAGUACCUGAGUGUGCAGGACCGCAUGGAACUGGCAGCCAAGCUCAACCUCACGGACACCCAGGUCAAGACCUGGUACCAGAACAGACGGACGAAGUGGAAAAGACAGACAGCGGUGGGUUUGGAGUUGUUGGCGGAAGCUGGGAACUACGCUGCCCUGCAGAGGCUUUACGGACCUUCCUACGGAUGGCCCUACCCACCACAGCCCUCUACCGCAGCAGCUGCGGCAGCCGCCGCCGCCGCCGCCGCUCUCAGCCCAGCAGCAGCCUCAGUCGACCUGUAUUACCGCCAGGCCGCCGCCGCUGCGGCCUUGCAGAAGCCACUGGCGUACCGCCUCUACCCGCCUGGCCUACCCAUUCUGCCCCACGUGCCGUCUGAUCCGCUAAGAGAUGCUCUCAGACCUGAGACCCUGAGACCCGAGGCUGUAAGGCCGGAGCUACUACGACCAGAGCUGAGACCAGAUGCCCUCCGGCUGGACCGGACGGACCUGCUGAAGGUGGAGUCUGGAAAACUGGAGAGUCGCCUCUUUCCCCUGGACGCACGGCUGGUGACCUCCUCUCCCCCGGGGGAGAACGAUGACGUCGACACACCCCUGGGGGACGCUGGGAGACCCUUAGGCAGCGUUCUACGAUCCUCAGCGUCUCCGUCCCCUCCGUACUGUCCAUCUCCAGCAGAUCUCCGCAUGAGGGCGUCACCAGACCCCCCAAACGAGUCUCAGAAAUCCUCACAAUGAACUCUUGGAAGUAUCUCUCGACCCAACUCUCCUCUUCUCUUCUUACACCCAUCCUUCACUCUUCCAUACUCCCAUCCUUUACUCUUAUAACUCUCUUCACACACCUUAUCUCUCUUCUUCUCCCUCAGCCAUAUAUUGAUGUCGGAUGCAAAAAAAAAAAAAAAAAAGAAUUAAUUCCGCUUCAGUGUACCAUUAUGUACAAAAUUAGACCCACAAUAGUUUAGACGAACACCAGCAUCUAGAUCUACCCUUAUUUAUGUACAGAUGUAUUUACAGAAAUAAAUAUAUAACUCUGCCCAUCCUUCCUGUGUAAAUAAUACGUUAAGGAACGCCAUUACGUGAUUUGUAUUAGGUAACUCAUCCAGGUUUGCGAGUUUAUUUAUAAAUUAUAGUGACUGCAGUCUCCAAAUGGGAUGUUAUUUGAUUGGGUGAGACGGUAGAUACCUUUUCUCUGAUUGGAGGAGACCGUGCAUAUAAUCUCUGAUUGGUGGAGACCGAUGGUAUCUUCACUCUGGUUGGCGCUGUCCCCCCAAAAGCAUCCACUGGUGGUGAGAAACCUCAGUGGAUCGACUCAAAUGUUUAGUAAUAACUGAACCGAGCCUAAGCCAGCAAUAGUUGUACCCAGGCGCAUAUAAGGUGCAGGAUAUUAUCCAGAAUGUGUCAUUAUCCAGACCAAGAAUCCGGCCUGGAUUCAUAUCUUUGCCUUUCCUUCCAUACCCAUUCUUCUGUUCUCAGCUCAUCUUCUCAUUGCCUCCCUCUCUCCCAAAUUCUUGUCACCGUCUCUUCAGUCCUCAGGUUUCUGCUCCUUUUCCUCGGUGUUCCUCUCCUGUCUUUUCAUCUCUCAGCUUCUCUCCCUCUCAACUUCAAACAGAAAUAAAUAGGUUAAGAAGCCGCUCUAGUCAACCACUGCAAGCAAUGCUAUUGUUAG